AUGGAGCCCCGGCCGCGGUGGCCGCGCAGAAGCCGCCAGCUGGUGGCCGCCUUCCUUCGCGACCCGGGUUCCGGGCGCGUCUACAGGCGCGGGAAGCUGAUCGGCAAGGGCGCCUUCAGCCGCUGCUACAAACUGACAGACAUGUCCACCAGCGCAGUGUUCGCCCUCAAGGUGGUGCCUCGCAGUGGGGGUGGGGCUGGGCGGCUGCGCCCACCGGGGAAGGUGGAGCGUGAGAUCGCCCUGCACAGCCGCCUGCGACACCCCAACAUCGUGGCCUUCCACGGACACUUCACUGACCACGACCACGUGUACAUGGUGCUGGAGUACUGCAGCCGCCAGUCUUUGGCCCACGUGCUGAAGGCGAGGCAGACCCUGACGGAGCCCGAGGUGCGCUAUUACCUGUGGCGCCUGGUCAGCGGCCUGCGCUACCUGCACCAGCAGCACAUCGUGCACCGGGACCUGAAGCUGAGUAAUUUCUUCCUGAACAAGAACAUGGAGGUGAAGAUCGGAGACCUAGGCCUGGCCACCAGGGUGGGGCCGGGGGGCCGCUGCCACAGAGUGCUCUGUGGGACCCCGAACUUCCAGGCCCCAGAGGUCGUCUCCAGAAAUGGGCACUCCUGCCAGUCGGACAUCUGGGCUCUGGGCUGUAUCAUGUACACUGUCCUGACCGGCACCCCACCCUUUGUGGCGGCAUCCCUGUCCGAGAUGUACCAGAACAUCCGCGAUGGCCACUACCCCGAACCUGCCCACCUGUCGCCCAAUGCGCGCCAUCUCAUCGCCCGUCUCCUGGCACCCAACCCCGCCGAGCGACCCAGCCUGGACCACCUGCUGCAGGAUGACUUCUUCACACAGGGCUUCACUCCAGACCGGCUGCCACCCCACUCCUGCCACACCCCACCCAUCUUCACGGUCCCCCCGCCUCUGAGCAGGCUCUUCCGGAAGGUGGGCCAACUGCUGCUGUCCCAGUGCCGGCCACCCUGCUCCUUCACUCUGAAAGAGGCCUCGGGUCCUGGAGAGGACGGGCAGGACCCUGACUCUAUGGAGUGGGGCAGCGAGGUCUCCCUGUCUGAGAGGGAGGCUUCCUGCCCGAGGGCCCUCAUCUGCCUACUCACACAGGGCACCCUCCGGAGUGACCUGGCAGGGCCGGAGGGGAGCCCGAGGCCGGAGGUGGAGGCAGCCGUGAGGAACCUGCAGCUCUGCCUGGACGCUGGGCCCUCGGCCACACAGGACCCCCCAGGGGAGCAGCAACCCGUCCUCUGGGCCCCCAAGUGGGUGGACUAUUCCAGCAAGUACGGCUUUGGCUACCAGCUCUCUGAUGGGGGCCGGCGUCCUGCUCAGGGAUGGCACCCACAUGGCCCUGCGCCCCCCAGGAGGGAGGGGACCCUGCCCGCGCCCGCGCCCGCGCCGCCUGCUGGGUCCAGCCUCUGCCUGCUGAGCUUUCUGGCAUCCGAGCAGGUCCUGCUACUGCUCUUCAGCGACGGGACAUUGCAGGUCAGCUUCAGUGGCAUCCAGGUCCAGCUGGUGCUGAGUGGCGAGGGCGAGGGGUUGCUGCUCACCCAGUGGGAGCAGGGCCGCCACAGCACCUCCUACUCCCUGGACAUCCUGCGGAGCCAUGGCUGCACCCCAGCCACCCAGCAGCGCCUUCACCACGCUCUCCGCAUGCUGCAGAGCAUCUAG